GUCGAACGGCCCGAGAGUUCAUGAGUACAACUGGGCAGGCGCAACCCCUCAGGCACGGGCCAAUUCUUACACAGGGGAGACUAUGAACGACAGCACGAGGGCUCCCAACACCGGCAUCAACCCUUGUCCGGCGUCCCUGCCCACCGGAACUGCUACGACACCUCCGUCCGACAGUUCUCGUCCCCAACCGAACGCUGCGUCGUCUUCGCUCUCCAACGACCAACCGGCACGUACCCUCCUCCUCCUGGGGGAGCCACACAAGAGCCUCUCCCUACCGUCGUCCCCAGACAGAAGCGGAGCGGCUCAAGGAAGACAUGGAGAUCGAAACAAUGUACGACCAGUCAUAAGCUGCUCAUCACCUCUUCGUUUUUCUCCCUUCUCUUCUCUCCUCUUUUACCCUUGAUCCGCUCACUGAGCGGAUCUCUUCUCUGCAAUUUGAUUGAUCUGAUUCAAAGAGGGUGUCACUUUGCUUGGCGGUGAUGAUAGGUGGUGAGAGAACUCUUUUUCAUCGCCAUAGCUGGCGCUGCUGGUUCUACGAGUAAGAUUCAUGUGUGAGGCCUGUAUUUGAGUGGCGCGGCUUCUCAACUCGGCUUCUUCUCGUGUGGAGA